AUGAGGACCUCAUAUGCACUGCGUCUAUUCUCAUUCCUCUGGCUCUGCGGUACUGGAAUCUCUGCCGAUAAAAAGAAUGUGAAAGAAGAAGUUCGUAUACUGGACCUUUUGAACCAUGACAAACUAAAGAUCGAUGUUGAACAGGACAGGGUCGUGGAAGGUGAUGUCAUCAUCUGGAGCUCUGGCCGGGAUCGAAAAUGUUACUUCGCUAGGACGCACUUUAGGGACAAUGUGCCUACACUGCUUGAACUUGUAGUAAAGGCUGGAGAAGUGUAUGGGCUGGUGAGGUUUUGCAAGGGCUCUGAUGGAAGCUGGAAGUCCAAUUGUCCGUCUCUAAAGGGACCCGAGAAUGAUGCCCAGGAGGUUACUCCCGCAAAUGAAGUAUCAACAAAUAAAGCUCCUGAGCAAGGCCAAAGUAGCUCCAUUCGAGACAUCAUUACGGAUCCGCACUAUCUGGGAAAAGGGGAGCCAGAAAGAGCAGCAAACAUUCUGGAGCUUGGAAAGGUAAACAUGCUUACAGCUCCAAAGGUGCCCGCUGGUAUGCAAGUUCUCGGUUUAGGACUCUAA